AUGGAAAGCCCAGCUGUCGACGUGGGAAAAAUCAAGAUUCCCGUUUUGAAAAUGCCCAGAUUUGGGUUCCCAAUGGCAGGACCUGGCGUCGAAGCUCAAGCGCCGCAGGUGGGCACCGACGUUCCCGUGCCGAAGCUGCAGGCUCCGUGCGUGGACGUUGCCUCCGCAUCUGUCCAGGUCACGGGACCUGAGGUUUCAGUUCCUUCAGUUAAAGUCCCAACGCCCCAGGUGGACACGGGGUUGAAGGGUGCUGUGAAGGUCCCCUCCCCAGAACUGGAGGUCCCCGGUGUGGGUAUCAAAGGUCCCAGCAUAGAGCUCCCAGCUUCUUAUGCAGACGUUCACGGGGGCAAGGGAAAACUCAAAAUGCCACAAAUGACCUUUCCAAAAUUUACUGCCUUGGACUCGCAAGGGGAAGGUCCCGUUGUGGAAAUGGUGCUCCCAAAGGGCGAGGUGGGACCGGCAGUGUCCAAGGUAGACGUUGGCAUUCCCGAUGUGGCCAUCAAAGGAGAAUGGAAAGGGCCCAAGUUCAAGAAGGUUGAAACGCCCCAAAUCUCUCUGUCAGAUGUAAACCUGAACCUGAAAGGCCCUCAGGUGAAGGGAGAUAUGGGUGUCACGGUCCCCAGAGUGGAAGGGGAUGUCAAAGGACUUGGCCCGAAGGGUCUCAAGAUGGACGUAAAGGCUCCUGAUGUUGAAUUUGAAAGUCCAGAGGGUUAUUUGAAAGGGCCCGGUAUAUCUGCACCAGAUAUGGACAUUAAUGUGAAGGGACCCAAGCUUAAGGGAGACGUGGAUGUUUCCAUCCCAAAGAUGGGCGGCAACUUGAAAGGCCCUCAGCUUGACGUCAAAGGUCCCAAACUGGGAAUGGACAUGCCUGAGGUCGACGUCAAAGGCCCCAAAGUUACGAUGCCAGAGGUACAUGUCAAGGCCCCCAAAAUAUCCAUGCCUGACAUCGACUUGAAUCUGAGAGGUCCCAGAGUGAAAGGAGACCUGGAUGUUUCUGCCCCAAAACUGGAAGGGGAGCUGAAAGCACCCGGACUUGACAUCAAAGCCCCCAAAGUUGACAUUGAAGCACCAGACGUGGACAUCCAUGGGCCAGAAGGCAAACUGAAGAUGCCUAAGCUGAAAAUGCCCAAGUUUGGGGUGCCCGGCCUGAAGGGAGAGGGCCCCGACGUUGACGUGACACUUCCAAAGGGUAAAGUGGACAUUUCUGGUCCCAAGGUUGAUAUUGAGGUGCCAAGUGUGGACGUCAAAGGGCCGGAAGGAAAAUUGCAAGGCCCCAGUGUGAAGAUGCCCGAGGGAGGGGCCCCCGACGUUGACGUGACGCUUCCAAAGGGUGAGGUGGACAUUUCUGGUCCCAGGGUUGAUAUUGAUGUGCCAAGUGUGGACAUUGAAGGGCCGGAAGGAAAACUGAAGGGCCCCAAGGUCCGUGUGCCAGAUGUUGAUCUGAACCUGAAAGGCCCCAAAGUGAAGGGCGACGUGGGUGUUUCCAUUCCCACCGUAGGCGCUGAUUUGAAGGGUCCUGGACUUGACAUCAAAGCCCCCAAAGUUGACAUUGAAGCACCAGACGUGGACAUCCAUGGGCCAGAAGGCAAACUGAAGAUGCCUAAGCUGAAAAUGCCCAAGUUUGGGGUGCCCGGCCUGAAGGGAGAGGGCCCCGACGUUGACGUGACACUUCCAAAGGGUAAAGUGGACAUUUCUGGUCCCAAGGUUGAUAUUGAUGUGCCAAGUGUGGACGUCAAAGGGCCGGAAGGAAAAUUGCAAGGCCCCAGUGUGAAGAUGCCCGAGGUGAGCUUCAAGACCCCCAAAAUAUCCAUGCCUGACAUCGACUUGAAUCUGAGAGGUCCCAGAGUGAAAGGAGACCUGGAUGUUUCUGCCCCGAAACUGGAAGGGGAGCUGAAAGCACCCGGACUUGACAUCAAAGCCCCCAAAGUUGACAUUGAAGCACCAGACGUGGACAUCCAUGGGCCAGAAGGCAAACUGAAGAUGCCUAAGCUGAAAAUGCCCAAGUUUGGGGUGCCCGGCCUGAAGGGAGAGGGCCCCGACGUUGACGUGACGCUUCCAAAGGGUGAGGUGGACAUUUCUGGUCCCAGGGUUGAUAUUGAUGUGCCAAGUGUGGACAUUGAAGGGCCAGAAGGAAAAGGAAAAGGUCUCAAAUUUAAAAUGCCUGAACUAAACAUUCAGACACCAAAACUGUCCAUGCCAGAUGUAGAUGUCAGUUUGAAGGCCCCCAAACUGAAAGGAGAUGUAGAUAUUUCUGGCCUGAAGACCUCUGGAGAUCUGAAGGGCCCCCAAAUAGAUGUGGAAGGUCCCAAAGUGGAUGUUGAUAUGCCUGAGGUAGACUUGGAAUGUCCAGAAGGAAAAAUGAAAGGCCCCAAAUUUAAGAUGCCUAAGCUUAAUAUCAAGGCACCUAAAAUAUCCAUGCCAGACGUGGAUUUGAACUUAAAGGGACAUAAAAUGAAAGGAGAGGUGGAUGUUUCCCUUCCAAAGAUAGAAGGUGACUUGAAAGAAUCUGGUGUUGCCAUCAAGGGACCGAAAGUAGAUGUUGAGGUCCCAGAUGUCAACCUGGAGUGUCCAGAAGCCAAACUGAAAACGCCAAAAAUUAAAUUGCCUCAUUUUAAUGUGUCUGGCCCAAAGUUUGAGGGAGCUGAUAUAGACGUCAACCUGCCAAAAGGAGAGAUGGAUAUUUCUGGGCCAGAGGCAGAUAUUGAAGUGCCAGAGCUAGAUGUUGGAGGACCAGAGGGAAAAUGGAAAGGCCCCAAGUUCAGGAUGCCAAAGCUGAAUAUCAAAACACCGAAACUAUCCAUGCCAGAUGUAGAUUUGAACCUAAAGGGACCUAAAGUGAAAGGAGAAAUGGAUAUUGAGGCUCCUAAGAUAGAAAGAGAUUUGAAAGGGCCAGAAAUAGACAUUAAGGGGCCACAUCUAGACAUUGAGGCGCCCAGUAUUGAUUUGGAAUGCCCUGAAGGAAAACUGAAAGGCCCCAAGUUCAAGAUGCCAGAGAUGCACAUCAAGGCUCCCAAGAUCUCCAUGCCCGACGUUGACUUCAACCUGAAAGGGCCCAGCAUGAAAGGAGAUCUUGACGUGUCAGCUCCCAAGCUCGAGGGUGACCUGAAGGGCCCUGAACUUGACAUCAAGGGCCCCAAAGUCGACAUUGAAGCACCCGAUGUGGACAUUCACGGACCAGAAGGAAAAUUCAAAAUGCCCAAGUUCAAAAUGCCCAAGUUCGGGAUGCCUGGCUUCAAAGCAGAAGGCCCAGAGGUGGAUGUGAACCUGCCGAAAGGAGACCUGGACGUUUCUGGCCCGAAGAUGGACAUCGAAGGUCCAGAGGUGGACAUUGAAGGUCCAGAGGGGAAGGUGAAGGGCCCCAAGUUCAAGAUGCCCGAGAUGCAUUUCAAGACACCCAAGAUCUCCAUGCCUGACAUUGACUUGAACCUCAAAGGCCCCAAAGUGAAGGGGGAUGUGGACGUGUCUGUUCCCAAGUUGGAAGGUGACCUGAAAGGCCCUGAGUUGGACAUCAAGGGGCCUAAA